AUGGCCGAGGACAAAAGAGAUAUCUCGUCUGAGUCCGAGAAGGCAGUCGCCGACCACACCGAGGUCACCGCCGACCAGCAUGCCAUUGCUGAGAGGGGCCAUGCUGCCACUGACAUUUACGGCAAUGCCCUGAUCCAUAUCGACCCCAAGGCCGAAUCCAAGCUGCGGACCAAGCUGGACUUGUUUAUUGUGCCUACCGUAUCCCUUCUGUAUCUCUUUUGCUUCAUUGAUAGAGCUAAUAUCGGAAAUGCCAAAAUUGCCGGCUUCGAGAAGGAUAUCGGCCUUGAGGGUUACGACUACAACAUCGUUCUCACCGUUUUCUACAUCUCGUAUGUCCUUUUCGAGAUGCCCUCGAACAUUCUCUGCAAGUGGCUCGGCCCGGGCUGGGUCCUGCCGGCCCUUUCCCUUGGCUUCGGCAUCGCGUCUGUCGCCAUGGCCUACGUGAAGAACUUCUCCCAGGCCUGUGGUGUUCGCUUCGUCCUUGGCGCCUUCGAGGCUGGUCUAAUGCCCGGCAUUGCCUACUACCUGUCUCGCUGGUACCGUCGCGCUGAACUUACCUUCCGCCUGUCUUUGUACAUCGUCAUGGCUCCCCUGGCUGGUGCCUUCGGUGGUCUCCUGGCCUCUGCCAUUCUGACUCUCGACCAUGUCGCCGACGUUUCGAGCUGGCGCAUGAUCUUCCUCAUCGAGGGUAUCAUUACUUGCGGUCUCUCUGUUAUUGCCUUCUUCACCCUCACCGACCGCCCUGAAACCGCUCGCUGGCUCACCCAGGAGGAGAAGGACCUCGCCAUCGCCCGCAUCAAGGCGGAGCGUGUCGGCACAACUGAGGUUCUGGACAAGAUGGACUGGAAGAAGCUGCUCCGUGGCAUCUCGAGCCCUGUCGUAUGGGCUACUGCCAUCUGCUACGGUCUGAACAACAUCACCGUCCAGGGUCUGGCCUUCUUCGCCCCGACCAUCGUUCGCACCAUUUACCCCGAUAAGACCACCGUUAUGCAGCAGUUGUACACCGUGCCGCCUUAUGUUGUUGGCGGUUUCUUCACCCUCAUGCUGCCACUGCUCAGCUGGCGCUUCGACCGUCGCCAGAUCUUCCUCAUCGCGACCACUCCCCUCGUCAUUAUCGGCUUUAGCAUGUUUCUUGGCACCGACAAUGCCAACGCCCGCUAUGGCGCUUGCUUCCUGCUUACCAGCUCCCUCUUCGCUGUCGGUCCUAUCGCCAACUCGCAAGUCAGCGCCAACGUCGUCACUGACACCGCUCGUUCCUCGGCUAUUGGCCUUAAUGUCAUGGCUGGCAACAUUGGUGGUCUCAUCUCGACCUGGAGCUACCUGCCCCACGAUGGCCCGGACUACCACAUCGGCAAUGGCCUCAACCUGGCAGUGACCUGUACCAUCUUCCUCGUCACCAUUGCCACACUGCUCUGGAUGAAGUGGGACAAUAAGAGGCGCGAGGCCCGCCACGUCGAGGAAGAGCUCGCAGGCAUGUCCGAGCAGGAGAUCAGGGAUCUGGAUUGGAAGCAUCCUGCUUUCCGGUGGAAGCCUUAG